CUGUGUGUAGCGUGCUGUGUGUACUGUGUGUGUGUGCUGUCUCUCCGCGUCUCGCCAUAGCCGCACUCCGCGUCGCGUAGCAACGAAACGCGCGGCACCACUGACCACCGACUCCAGCACUGUACACUACAGCGCAGUACCAGCGACUCGUACACUGUAGAUUAAAACACAUAUAUACACAAUACUCGCGUCUCGUAUCGUGUAGACUCUAGCAUCAAUAUUGCUAGCGACUCGUAUACUGAAAACUGUAACCUCCCUAGAUGUACGGUAACAGCGAAUUCGCACUUUCGUCAACAUAGCGGUUGCGCCGUAUUAUAUAAACUUCGACGGGACAGCAUUGCCGGAGCACAAUGCUUCCUCACAAGUCGGCCUAACUACUCAGUACGAUGUAAGAUGCGAGACGAAGCGCGUUCCAACGCGUGUGUUACAGCACACCACAAGCCGCGCGUGUUCCGCGCGUAGCGCAUUCGCUCGUUGUUGUUGUAACGCAGUGCCUCGUUUGACAAUAGCGACGAUCAAAAUAGCCUCUGGACAACGAGUUACGACACCCUUACCACCCCCUUUUCCCCUCCGAAAAUGAGCAGAGUGGAAAAGGAGGAGGCUUCUACGAAAUAUGACGGUCCAUCUCACGGCCAAGUGGAUUUGCGCCCAACAAAAGGUGGUGAUGUUUUGGCAAAGCGGUUUGUGGUGGAGUGUGCGGCUGACGAUCCUGACAGCUGGUUCAACCCGCGGCCCGUCACGCUCGGCUCACUGCAGACCUCCGUGGGCGUGGUGGGCAUGGAGGCCGCUCGUGCCGAGGCUGUGUGGCAGGGCAGCCCGGGGCUCAUGGCGGCCGCCUUCAACGUGCAGCUGCCUCCGCCGCCGAAGGCUCCUCCUGUGACUGUGGAUGUGCCCAAACCUCCAGCUGAGAGCGCACCUAUCCUAACAGAUGGAGCCAAGCGUUCCAAUACGCGUACAACUAAGCGGUUGGAUCAGGAACAUCUCUCCGGUACUGAAGCUGCAGAGAUCCUGGCCAGAGACGGCCACAUGGGCUUGCUCAAGUUUGUUCGCUUCACUACCUCCCCCGACAGGCCUUACGAGCUGCAGCCUAUGCACGCUGGGCAGAGCCACCAGGAGCACUGGGUGCUGUCGCCGCUGGGUGCUCUGCACGUGCAGGCGGAUGGCAUCGCUGAGAGCCAGCCUCUGGCUGAGUGGUGUGAGCAUGCUGAUCUCUGCAGAGCCGUCCAAUCCAUCCCUUACUUUCGCCAUUUCCUAUUGCGCAAGGCCUUUCACAGGUGGUACAGAAAUGUGCGAUGGGUGCAGUUUCACCGGAGGAAGGAGCACCUGGAGUGUACUCUGCUGCAUGGAGUUGGUCACUUUAGCACUGCGCUGCUGCAGAUUUCUAGGCUGUUGGAGGAGCUGGACCAGGUCCCGUUUUUGCCAUGGGAUCUGCACCGGUCGUACACUCUGACUCAGUUCCAGCAGACGCUUGCAGACACCAUGGCUGAGGCUCGGGAGAGAGUCAUCCAGUUCUUCCACUGUCGUGAAGUCAUCUUCCGUAUGGUGCAUGCAGAGACGUACCGCCAACUGGAGGUGUGCGAGGUGCGCUGUGCCGAGGCGGAGCGGUCGGAUCCUCGGGAGGGUCUGGCCGAGCGGCGUGAGCUGCUGCGCCUCGCGGCGCACGAUCGGAGCGCAGCUGAGGGGGCGGUGCGCCGCCUAGGCCGUCUCGCUCACCUGAUGGACGCCCUCGUCCUGCAGCGACUGCGCGGCAAGAUGCAGUGCGAGGCGACACGCUUCACACGCGGCGUUGUGCAGGGAAGAACCUCAGGACAGACUCCCUUAUUCCACGCCGUGCUGGAAUUUGAUGCGGAGGGGCACUUACAGCUCACACCUACAGGGGGGCUCUUCGUGGACGCACUGGAAACCGCCGUGGAGAACAUGACCCAAACUGUGCUGCAGGUGGCCACUUGCAUGACCAAAGACACCGAGUCACCUGAUUCCACGGGCAAUGCUGAUGAGAUGGGGGAAGAUGAACUUGCCAACCUGUCGGUCACCGGCCACUUGGGAGGUAGUGCAGCACUGUUAACCCUGGCUGAGACGAGCGAGCUGUCAGUGCGAGGAACGCGCGUCAGGGCUCGUUUCUGCCCCCUCUCCCCGCACCGCCUGCAAGUCUCGCUGCAGGGCGACGGAACCGUCUCCCGGGCUCGUAGCGAGCAGAUGGACGUCGUGCACUGCUGUCUGAGCCACGUGACAGAGUUUUGCCGGGAGCACCAUUGGUUGUGUGAGCCGCACCGUGUGGCCCAGGCCUGGGACGGUGCAGCCCUGGCAGGAGCCACUCCUGAGCAGCUUUGUGGGGAUGUGGAAGAGUUGCGGGCCUGGGUCCAGAAGGCCUCCCUUGUUCCGGGCUCCUUCCUCACCCCGAAGAACACCUUCCACGUCGACUGCUCCGUCGUACGGCGUGAAAUAGUAUCCCCACUGAGGCGAGCGGAGCAGGAGGUGCUGGUGUGUCUGGAGGAGAGGUGCAGAGAUGGCGCUGAGCGUUCGCUGAGUGAUCUUCAGCGAGCCACACACUCGCUCCUCCGCAGGGACACGGACUGCGUUGCGUUUGCUAGAUAUGUGGAACAGUUGCAUGAGUUCAAGAAGUGCUCGGGAGGCUUUAAGGCGCAGCUGCAGAACGUGAACGCCCUGCAUGAAGUCUUGAGAGUUACCUUCCGGCCUCUGUCUAAUGAAGAGGAGGAAAGGGAGAGGCAGACAACGACCGCAUGGGAGGGUUUCCUGCGUGUACUUGAGGAUGGCGAAAACUUCGUCCUGGCGAUGAGGGCGGCCGCCGUGCGGGAUGCGGACACGUCCUUGUCCCGUCUGAUGGCCCACGCGGAGGCAGUGGCGGCUGAGGCGGCCACUCCUCCGUACACGGUGCCCGUGGCUCUGUUUGCGGCCGAGCUCGCGCGCUUGAGCUCGCUCGGCUCUGAGAUUGACUCCAUCGCCAACACCGUGGAUGAGCUAAGCCGGGCCAAAGCCUUCAUUACCGGGGAGCCAGUGAGUUUAUUUGCAGUACAAACCCACCAGAAGGUGGUCAGUGCGAGGCUGCUUCUGUGGAAAGUGUUUCACCACAGCUCUGAGUCCAUCAGGGACUGGACAGCCCAGCCGUUUUCCCAGUUUUCUGUUGGCUCUGCAAAGGACGAAGUUGAGCGCUGGAAGGCUGCGCUGCUGCACGUUGAAGGCUCUCUGGUGUCGGACGACGCGGUGUUAAUUGCAUGCCAAAGCCUUCUUGGAGAACUCGCUCACAACCUGCAGCUUCUGGAGAAACUCGGCAGCACUUUCUUCAAGGACCGGCACUGGGAGGCAGUGCUUGCCAGAAUGGGACAGCGCGGUGAUUUUGCCGCAGACUUCACCAUCGCACAACUUCUUUCCCUUAACCUGGUUCACCAUCAUAAUUCUAUUGUGCAGGUGUGGCGGAUGGCGUGUGCGGAGCAUGCCCUGGACAUGGAGCUGAGGCGGCAGCACGCUGCCUGGGCCCAGCGAGAUCUGGUGCUUGCCGCGCACAUGUGGUUCCUGCCACCGACGGAACCGCACGGCAACUCUCCUGGAGGGCAACAACACCAGCGCUUGGCCACCCCCAGUGGCACAUUCAUUUUCGCCGACAUAGACGAAUUGAGGGCUCUGAUUGAGGACGACACGAUGGCACUGCGUACGCUGACACCGCCCGUGCACGAAGAGGAGCUGCAAGGGCGGGCGGAGACCUGGAUCGACGUGCUUCACCACCUGGAUGAUAUGCUGGAUCUGUGGGUCACUCUUCAGGCAAAGUGGCUCUUUCUCAGCAAAGUCUUCAAUGAGAUGGGCCUUCAGAGAGACCAUCCUCAACUCGCGCAGAAGUUUCACAGCGAGGUGGACAAAGUUUACCGGGAUGUGGUGCAGGCCGCUCUGGACGACCCCUCCGUGUUGUCGGUGCUGGGCCACCGGCGAGAGUACGCGACUCAGCGCGACCAGUGGGGACUCGCGCUCCGCACGAUGCUCGCGAGCAGCAUAUCCACCGCAGAACAAGUCUUCGGCGAGUUGACGCGGCUGACCGACUCUUCCAGGGAGCGGUUCGCUCGGCUGUUCUUCCUCCCAGACGAAGACAUCAUGGGUCUGCUCUCCUGCGCUUUUAAUGCUCACAGGCUGCUGCCGUUUGUGACGCGGUGCUUUCCCGGCGUGGUUGGCUUGGGCUUUGACGCGUCUCCACCACCCAGCGCUGGCGAUGGCUCUGAGGCUGCUGACCCAGCGUUACGCGCCUGUGCGGAUCCUCUCUCCAUUGUCGCGGCUCACGGGGAGGUGGGGGAAGUCGUACGCUUGCGAGAAGACGUUCGGCCGCGGUACUGCCCAAUUGCUUGGCUGCAGGACUUUGAAAGGUCCCUCGCAUCCACUGGCUGCCAUCAGUUGGCUGAAUGUGUUGCGUUCAUGUCAGGCGAGCCCUUUCUCGACCCAUCAGAGAUAGCAAACAGUUGCAUUGUCAGGCGAUGUAAUUUUGGCAUUUGGAAUGGACCGGAGGAGGACAUCACGGAGUUUUUGAUUAAAUGGAAUGCUUUGUUGGCAACAUUUUCAGUGCAGUACAUAGUUGUAGCAUCUGAGGUCUUGUGGACCAAAUUUAUCAUUCUUACCUUGAGGGAAAAUGGAAACCAAAUCCAAAAAGCAAAAGACGUCUGUAACACGCAACUCGGUCGCCUGGUUUUUGCUCUGAGAUGGCACAUGAGCCAAGGUUCAACAUCAAAAGAUGCUACCAGGCUGCACCUCCUUUUGAGUUGCCUCAUUACAAGGACCUGCAACCAGAGGGACAGCCUUGCCUCCGUCCGUUCGGAGGGCAGCUUUGAGUGGCAGAAGCUGAUGAAGUAUUACCUUGGCUCCGAUGUUGACGCCGAUGUCAAGCACGUUAGAGGAGUCUACGGUGGCGGAGCGGAGGGGCCGGGGUGCCGCCCGUCUUCGACCAUGUCUUCUGAGUCACAGUGGAGCUGCUGGGUGGAGCAGCUGGGAUUCCGUUUCUCGUACGAGCACGAAUACCUGGGGCCGUGCGCCACUCGCCUCGUCAUGACCCCCAUGACGGAGCGCUGCCUCCUCGGCCUGGUGCUGGCCCUCAACGACUGUGCGACUGCCGCUCUCUUUGGGCGCGCAGGGGUGGGGAAGUCAGCGAUCGCCUCGGAGCUGGCGUUCGCCUUUGGCAGGCUCCUGGUGAGCGCACAGUGCUCCCAGCAGCUUCUUCCCGGUGAUGUCUCGCGCCUUGUUCGUGGAGCGGCGAGGUGCGGCGCCCUGCUCGUGUUGGAGCAUGCCGACCAGCUACCGGCCGGCACUCUGUCCAUCCUAUCACAGCAGAUCCUGGAGCUGCAGGCAGUUCUGAAGCAGGCGUGGCCUUUUAGGCGCGACAACAGCAGCGCACACUCACACACAAGCCAUUGUGUAGACAAGAAUACCGUACCAAGCAACGUUGACCAUGAUUUACGAAACUGCGUUUGUGGAACUCAUGACGCACAAGACAAAAGUUCAAUUUCUGAGUCAUUCAGACUAGUGAACUUUGAGGACACCUGUCUUCAUGUAAAUCCAAGCUUUGGUUUUAUCCUCACGUUCAUUGAAAGCCCCGCUAACUCUGGGUUCCCUGGGAGCCUCAUGAGCUCAGCUUUCCGGUCGGUUUCCGUACUGACGCCCAGCAUCCACGUCAUUGUCGAGGUCCUCCUACUGGCGGAAGGAUUUUGCGACUCGUUCUCACUCGCAGCCAAAGUUUCGUCUUUUUGUCAGGCUGCAGAUAGGUGCGGGUUCCUCCGCCCUGUGGGUAAAAUGUGCCACCUGCUAGCCAUUAAGUGCAUUCUUAAGGAAGCCUCCAAAAUUUAUCACGCCAGAAUUCUUGCCGAUAAUAUCGAGGAUGGCAACGGGAGCGCAACCAAAGGUGACAGCACGGAUUCCUACCCCUGCAGCCCUCGGCAUCCCCCGCUGUCGACCAACUCAGGGCUCUCCUACAGGAAGAGCCUACACGAGGAGAGUGCCGUGUGCGCUGCAUUCCACAGAGUGAACGUGCUCUUCAGGGCAGACUCCCUGCGGGAGGCGCAGCACCUGCUCGGGGAGUUCAUGCCGUCGUUCAUUAAUGCACGUGAAGGACGUUCCUCCGAGUCAUGCCUGGAGUUUCAGAGCGCGGUCCAUAACCAAAUCCGCGAGGACAACUUGCAGGUGACGGCGAGCGGUGUUCUGAGCGUGCAACAGCUGCAUCAGUCACUGCAGGCGGCCCCCGGGGUCAUCUUACUGGGACGUCCGGGGAGUGGCAAGACCACGGCGUACCAGACGCUCGCAAAAGUUAUCAACCGACUGCACGGUUCUGGACUUAAAACAGUGGGGUGCUCUUCUGCUGGCUUUCGGGGUGAGAGUGAUGAGCUUGAGAAUGCUGGCGGUCAUGGCAUGGAGGAUGUUGAAAGUCCUGACGGUAUUUUGGUCAGAACUUCAGUGAUUUUCCCAAAUUGUCUGUCACUUGAAGACCUUGUAGGCAGCGGUUAUAACAACAAAGUUGGGCAGCAGGGAAUUGUGCAAAAACUAUUACGAAGUGCAGGUGUGGAGGAAGAAUAUGAUGCAGGCUUAGCUGCUCCAGGAAACACCUUGAAUAUAUCGUUGGCCAACAAGCCCAUGCCUAACAAAACCAGGAGCUUCAGACAGACGUGGAUCGUGUUCGAUGGAAACUUUCGUCAGGACCUGACAGAAGCACUGGCCACGUAUUUUAAGCUCGCUUGUGGCUCUUCCUCCACCCUGAGUGACUGGCCAAAGGCUCAAGGCUUCAACAAGGUCUCAUUCAUCUUUGAGACGAGCGACUUGGCCCACGCGUCCCCUGCGGCUCUCGCUUGGCUGCCUCUUGUCAGCUGCUGCGGGGAAGACCAGUGGAGGAACAUCCUGGAGUCAUGGCUGGAGGGGGAGUCCAUUAAGCUCGGUGUGACUCACGGAGAGGCGCAAGCCUGGAGGUCUCUGGCUGAAGACGUGUUCCCACCGACGCUCGCGUUCUUGCGGAGGAACCCGCUGGCCCUGGCUCCGUGUGGUGGCAGCGCCGCGCCGGACGGCGUGCAGGAGGUCGCGUCGUUCCUCGGCUUCAUCACCGCCCUCUUGGAGACGUUUCCCAUCGCACCGCGGCAAGAGGAGUGUGGCACCAAGGAUGGGCAGGGCCUUGCUGGAGCUUCACUGCCACAAGACGUUCCUGGGUGGUCAUGCGGCGCCGAACGGGCCGUCGCGCUGUUCCUAUUCUCCUACGUGUGGGGCUUCGGAGGACGCCUGGAGACAAGGCACUGGGGCGAGUUUGACUCGGUGGCCCGGCGUGUUUUGAGCACGAGCCGGCAUGGAGUCACGCUGCCGGAAUGUGGAACGGUGUUUGAGCUGUGGCCUGAACCACCCGAGGGCCGCCUUGCCGUUUGGGAAGUCUCGCAGGCGUCGGCCACAAGCAACCCCAGGGAUGGAUUCGCUAACUUUCCACAGCACAAGCGGUACGCGCGACUCGUGGAGAUGCUGGCGUCGGCAGGUUCCCCGUGCCUCCUGCUGUCUCAGUCGGGCAGCCUCAACAAGGAGCCGGCUGCCACGUGGCUCUUCCGGUCACUCUGCACUCCAGGGAGGGCCUUGUUUGGCCAGGGCGGCGAGCGGCACCGUGUGGCCGUGUCGCCCUGCCUGGAGGCGUCGCGCCUCCGUCAGGUUCUCCGGGAGAAAUUGUCCCUCAGCCGCGUGGUGAAUUUGAGCGCCAAAGGAGAAAACGUUUUGGGCUCUGGGUCUAGAGCAGAGCGAGCACCCUUCCUGGUUUUUCUGGAUGAUCUCCACCUGGCUGAAGUUGAUGUCAAGUCUAGCAGCCAGCCUCUGGUAGAAGUUACCCGGCAGCUGCUGUCGAUGAACUCUGUGUACGACCCUGAACGCAUGCAGUCUGCGAGUUUCUAUUCAGCUCCUUUAAAUAUCCUGGCGUCGUGGGUGAACAUUGGGGAGCAGAGCCGGGCCGUGCCAGCACGUCUCGCCCGCCUCUUCACAACGCUCACCUUGCCGGCGGUGACAGAGGAGCACAUUUUCACGGUCUGCGUUCCAUCGCUACUAGUCUGGCUGCAGGAACUUCCGACCAAUGCUUUGGUUCACCCCGAGCGCCUGGCCGAUGCCCUGGUCAGAGCUACAUGGGAGGUGAUCUCGCAGAUGAGAGAACGGCUAAAGCUCUCCCAAGCUGAAGUGUGCUGUCCAUUCUCUCUGAGCUCCGUUGGGGAGAUUUUGAGCAGCCUGCUUUCGGUGUCGCCAAAGUCAUGCGUGCGAGGUUCGGAGAGCCCUUCUGCAGUUGCCUGUCGCCUCGUCCGCCUGUGGAGCCACGAGGCAUGGCGCACGCUUGGAGACGGCCUCUGCACGGCAGAGGGGGAGGAUGCUUUCCAGGGCAUCCUGCUCGGAGCAGUGCAGAAAAAUGUAAUUGUUGGGCUUUCAUCAAUGAGUGGGGAGUUCUCAACUGAGUCUCUGAACCAGCGACCCCGACACCACAGAAGAGCAGCGCUGAGUUUAGAUACUGGGAUUGCAUUUUCUGCAGCGGCUUCUUCCAGCACUCUGCAAGCCAACAUGUCCACAUAUUUGCAUCUUUCUUCUAUGUCUGGCAGCGAAGCUGCAGAUGAUGAUUAUAAUGAUGAUGGAAAGAGCCAUUUGUUCCGGGCUGCCCACUCUUUGGCCGCUCAAGAUGAACGAGCAAAACCAGCAUCGGCUGAUGCGCAGUGUGCUGAAAGAAUAACCGCCAGGGUGACAACUCCACGUUUAACAGGGUGGUCCGUGCGGAGCAGUUACGACUCCUGUACGAGCGGCAACAAAUCAGACGUGAAUAUGGCCCACUCACGAUCAGGCAAGAGAAGCGGUAAAAAAAAGCCGGCCGACGAGCCACCGACCGGCAGCAAAGAGUUGCCACUAACGAUGGGAGACAUCCUCCACCACGGCGAGCAGUUCAGGGACAUCCUCUACUGCAACAGCAGUGUCCUUGCACCCACCCUCACGGGGUUGCUGCCGUACAGGGGAAGAGCUCAUCACAGAGAGGUUGGGUGGCAGGAGCUGGCCCAUGUGCUGGAGAAGCGUUCCGGCGACGACGGGGUGACGGAGGAGAGCACCCGCCGUGCGGCCGCGUUGUGCCGCGCGCUCUGCCGCCCAGCCUCCCACGCUCUGCUGAUCGGCCUCGGCCCCUGCACUGGCCGUCGGGCGCUGGUGAGGCUAGCCGCCGGCGCUUGCCGGGCCAGCGUAUUUGAACUCGCGGAGGGCGCGAGCACUGGGGGUGGUGCAACCAUAGAUGAAUCUCUGAGGCAGCAAAUCAAGAUGGCCUGCUGGCAUGCUGGCGCCGAGGCUAAACCAGCCGUCUUGUUGGCGACAAACUGGGUGGUUCGGCGGUGGCACGCACAGCUUGUCGCGCUGGCAAGGGAAGGGAUGUUCCCGGAGUUAUACUCGAGUGCCGACCUGAAAGAGAUUUCGGAAAAGCUGUCUGGCAGCUCUGUGAGCAAAGACCGGCUGGCGAAGGUCGAUAGAAGAUCACAGGGCUCUGUGGAAAGGUUCUUUCGGCGUGUGAGAAACCACCUGCACGUCGUGACCCUGGUGGACGCGUGGCAGAGCGGGGACGAGGAGGAGGCUGAGCUCACGCGGGGACGCAACUUCGCGUCCCUCGUGACGAUGGCCACCUCUGUGAGCGUGCAUUCUCGCUGGGGGCGCCGCACGCUCGUUCACGUGGCGCGUCGCCGACUUGAGUUCCUGCACGCGACCGUCAAAGUACACGUCUCCGCGUAUGAUCAGCACAGGAUUUGCGCCGCGCUGGCGAGCGUUCACCAGUCGGCAGAGACUCUCGCGUUGGAGUCGCUCGGAAACUGGGCUCAGGCCCUCUUCCCGCCCGAGGCAUUUUUGGACGCGGUCGACCUCUUCUUCUCUCUGCACAACCAAAUCGACAGGCACCGGCACGAGCGCAUUCAUCGGCUCGGCACUGCCUUGAGCCGAGUACAGGAGGUGGAGCGGACUGUCGAGGAGUGGGAGGAGCAGAUGGUCGAGCUGAAGUCCGAGCUGGAAUCAUCUCAGGAGCUGGUGCAGCAGCUGCAGAGCUCCUCGGACCGCAAGCACCGUGAGCUCGAGGAGGCCCUGGAGCGAUGCCGGCAGACAGAGGAGCACAUCUCAGCACUGCUCGAGCAGCUGGAAGCACUGCGCAAGAAGAUGCGUGCUCAACUCAACCAGGUGAGCCCGGUGUACGAGGCGGCCCUGCGGGCCCUGCGCGCACUGCGUCCGCGCGACGUGGAGGAGCUGCGUUCGUACCGCGCUCCGCCGCCCCCUGUAGUUGCUGUGGCGGACGCCGUGGGCCUCCUCUUUGGAUGCCACGCCGGCUGGGAGGACGCGCGCAUACUCAUGCUGCGCCCAAACUUCCUGCAGGACCUGGAGUUCUUAGACAAGGACGGCAUCACAGACGAGACAUUCGAGCGGCUGGAGGCGGCUGUGCUCGACCCGGGCCUCUCGCCGGCGCUAGUGCGGGAGUCGAGCCGUGCCGCCGACUCGCUGUGCUCGUGGCUCCGCGCCGUCUACGCCUACGGCCGCACGCGCCGCCUCCUACGCCCCGCCGAGCUGGAGGCCGCCGCCCUCGAGGCCGCACUGGCCACGGCCCGGCGCUCGCUGGGCCGCCGGCGCCUCCACGCCGAGCAGUUGAGCGGCGAGCGGCGGCACGCAGUCGAGGAGCUGGAAGGCGCCGCGCUGGCGCGGGACGGGCUGCUUGCCCGCAUCCACGAUGCUCGGUUGCGCCUGCAAGAGGGCGCGCACCUGCGGGCCGCGCUAUUGAGGCAAAAGGGCGGCUGGGAGUCGCUGAACCGAGAAGCGCGGGCGCUGUUGAGCGCCGCUGCCGGGGACGCCCUCUUGGCGUCGGCCAGCGCGGUGUAUGCGGCGCCCUUCGACGGUGCUUCCCGCCGGCGGCUUCUGGUGGCGUGGCUUCGACUUUGCCUCGAUGGCGAUGGCAAGGACGGAGACUCCACGCCGGCUCCUCCCAGCAGAGCCCAGCAGGUGACAUGUGACGGCGACCCAAAAGAAAACGUCACGUCAGACGUGGGCGAGGGAGAUUCGACGACGGGACCGGGCGCCGUCAUCCCCGUGCGGACGCCGUUCUCGCUGCGAGACGCACUGGGUUCGGAGGAGGAGGAUGAGAGAUGGCAUCAGGAAGAUCUGCCGUCAUAUGCUGGCGCCAGGGAGGCGUUCCUGAUGGCACACGUGUGCGCGCGACAUGUGAGACGGCGGCGAUGCCUGUUCUUUCUGGACCCUGACGGGCAGGCGGCGACCUGGGUGCGGCUCAUCGAGCGAGAAGUGGCCUCGGAGAGAAACGCAGCAGAUCAACAGCGGGGUGCAAGCGCAGCAGCUACCAGUGUGAGCGGUGAGGAGCAGCAAGGCAGUGAUCUGCAGGUGCUCAUGGUUACAGAUCCAGCACUGGAGCAGAGGCUUGUGGGAGCUGCAGAGAGAGGAGCUACUGUGCUGAUAACCCACGUGGAGAGGGAGGAUAUCACGUCCUGGCUGAAGGACCUCCUGUCGCAAGAGAGGCCGUGGGGCGCGACCGAGGACGAGCGCAGCUUUACACUCGGGGGCCAGGUGGUCACAGCCCGCCAUGGUUUUAGGCUCUACUUAGCCACUUCGCUGCCGUUGGCACUGCAUGCUGCUCGUGGAGCGGGAUUCCUGGAGCCGCUGCUGGAGGUGACGAGCGUGCUGGACGUGUCCGUGGAGGCCGAGGGGCUGCACGACCUCGUCCUGCAGGAGCUGCUCCGCACCGAGCGGCCACGCUACUCUGGGGAGCAGCACACGCUCACGCGCGACCUCCUCUUCCUGAACAAGCAGGCGUGCGUUCAGCAGGACAAUUUGAUCGGAGAAAUAGCAGAUUCGCCAACGAGCCUCAUCGAAAACAAAUCGCUUGUGCCAUUUAUAGAAUCAACAGAGAAAAACUCGGCUCAGACUCGCGACGAUCGGUCCGACACGGAGUUGCUUUGCGCGAGGCACGAGGCGACGCGUCGCCCGUACCAGCCGAUCGCCCGGCGAUGCGUUGCCAUUUUCACGGCGCUUCGUCGCACCGCCCACUUGAACGCUCUGUACUUCAUGCCGGCAGCGGAGUUUUUGAGCUCCGUGAAGCGGGCGUUACCGGCGCGCGAUUCGCGCGUGUUCGCCGACGGCACCGCGCUGUCGGUGCCUGAAGUGAGAGCGCUGGAGCUCAUCCACACGCUAACAGAGAAGCUGUACGCGCAAGUCGCGCCUGGCAUGCUGCACGCGCACGCCAGAAUGCUCGCGUUCCUGAUCGCAGCCGAAGACUUGAAUGCGAGCGCUGCAGAGCUGACGUCAUUCGCUCGAAUGUUGGCCGAUGAGGAUCGCAGUGAAGUGGAGGGCGAUGAGAAGGAAGAGGGCUUUGGAAGGGAGGGCGAGGAAGGGGCGGUGCCAUCGGACCACAGGGAGCGGCCAGGAUGGAUUCCCCGUGAGCUGUGGCAGACGUGCUAUGAGUUGGAGAAACGCCUGCCGCACUUCCACGAUCUCCGACGGUGCCUGGCCCAGGACGAGCGAGCGUGGCGCGAGUAUUUCGGCCACAGCGGUGGCGUUCGCCGGGGUGGCUGCACGACCCUCCUGGGCCCCCUCCCUUCCCGUGAGCUUGAGCAUCUUGACAUCUUCCAGAGAGCUGUACUGUGGACAGCGUUCCGCCCGGACAGUGUUGCCGACGUGAUUUCGGCCGUGGCCGUGAGCCGGCUGGGCGGGGACGUGGCAGAGCGGAAUGUGCCAAGUCUGGCAGAGAUGCUGGCUGCGGCACCGUCGAACCGUUCUCGGGCUGUUCUACUGCUGGUGGAGGAGGUGGACACCGCGGAUGUUGGGCCGAUGCAGCUCCUUCAGGAACUUAGUGGCAGUGCACAGCGCACGGUGAGGAUGCUGUCGCUGGGGUGGAGAGGUGAGCGGCUCGCGGAGCGGCUGGCAGAGGAGGUGAACCUCUGCGCCGAGCGGGGCCUGUGGCUCGUUCUGCACGGACUGUGCCACGCACCGCGGGACUGGCCGCCACGCGCCGCGUCGCUGCUGCAGCGAGUGCUCACCCACGGAGAAGACGAGACCGUGCUGGGACAGGAAGAUGCUCGUGUCCACCCUGACUUCAGGCUGUGGCUCGUUGCCACAACGGACAGCGCCGCACGUCUGCCAGGCAUCGUGUUGGAGCGAGCACUUAGGUUCGUGUGCCGUGCGCAGCCACGUUUCGCGAGCAAGCUGGCAAGCUGCCUUUCUUGCGUCGAGACCAGCGAGCCGAGCAACAUAGGCGUCGCGAGGGCGGUCAGCUGGGAGGGACGGAGGGUGACAGCGGCACAGGCGACACGGGGGACCGGGCAUGCUGCGCACCCUCGUGACUGGUCAACGGCACUGGCCCGCCUGCACGCCGUGCUACUGCACAGGCGAGGCUACGGACGCCCGGCGGUCGUGCGCCCGUAUUCGUGGUCACGGUCAGAUCUGAUCAUGGCGCUGAAUCUAUUCACUCACCUUAACGAAACAUGUCAGGAUUUUUCUGCGGCACUGGAGUAUCUCUUGGGUUCGGUCGUGUAUGGAGGGUACAUCACACACCGGCAAGACUUGGAGGUGGUUGAGAGCAUCGUAAAGCACUGCCUGCCAAGUUACAGACCGGGCGGUGCCUUGCAUGCUGGUGGGGUGUACGCGUUCGUCCGUGCACUCACGGCCGCAGCAGGAUCAUCGUCGUUCUCUGCCUCUGAGCUGGGCUUCUUUACUGAGCCAGAGCCGUCCAAUUUCGGACUGUGCGACGGCACAAAGGAGAAGGUUGCCAGGCAACGCAGCCACCAAGCAAAGGAACAACUCCGCUUGUGCACUUCUGACAACUGGCCCACGCCAGCCUCCCACCCGGGGCCGAAACGUCGGUGGCUGCCGAGGUUGGCCGUGGACAGCCACUCAGAGUAUUUAGGAGGCCACGCGUGCAUGGCCAAAGAACCUGGGCAAACAGAGGACGAAACGCACACAGGCCUUGCAUCCUCUGUGGAGGGAACUCAGCCUUCGUUGAAGUCAUUCUUCCGAUCGCAGCUCGAAGAUUUUCGUUUGCACGCGAUGGCGCCGUUCCAAGGAGCGUGGUCACUGCGGUCAGAAGAUGGAUGGAAACGGUCAGUGUGUCCGCUUGUGGAAGAAGACGAUGAGGAGGAUGAGGCGGCUCCAUCCUGGGCCCUGGGCGGCUGUCGCGAGUCAGACACAGAGCCUGUGGUGCGGCUGCUCAGCCGGCAGUCGGAAUUGCUGAGCGCGUACGCAGCCACGGACCACGUGGUCUCGUACAACCUCGCCGCGCUCUCCAGACCGGAGACGUUCCUUAUCUCCUUGAUGAGAAUUGCGGCGUACAAGGAGAAAACACUUCCGCAUCGAUGCGUGCUUCAUGCACAGGUUCUGAGUGGGUUUGUUGCACCAGACGCUGCCCCUGCAGAAGGAGUUUACCUGACGGGGCUGCACCUGCACAACGCUCUGUGGGAUACACGACUCGGUGCGCUUCAAGAGACCGUUUCCGCACAACCCUGCACCAUGCCCCUUGUAUGGCUACGCUGCGCCACGCUCACACAAGCGACAAGCAACAGCAGUGGUGGCAGCUGGACAGUAGGGGCAGCGUGGAAAACAAGGGCGGAGGUAGACGCACUGAUCGUCAAGGCCUGGUCGGAUGGGACCCAAGAAUCGCGCCACCACCAAGACCCCUGGGCAGGUACACUGCACGCGACGACGGCCACAGCCUCAGACACGAGCAUGGAACUGCCGGAGGGAAGGCGCGCACAGUCAACCAAAUGCCACAGGCAAAGGAUGGAAGGCAGGUUCCAGAAUAACCAACGGCCGAUGGAGAGGACGACCUCCAGAAGCGCCGGUUCACUCGGGAGGAAGGGAACUGCUUGCAGCGGAGAAGCAGCCACGGCUCGUCUCUUCCCGGUCUACGGCUGCCCUCUGCACGUGCUCUCGCCGUGCCGAGGCAGCCCUGCGAGGUCUCACGUCGUCGCCUAUGUUGAGCUGCCGUCGAUGGUCGAUCCCACAGUGUGCGCCCAGAGGAGGGUUCAUCUUACCUGCUCCCUUGAAUGAACCCACGCUUGGUGAACGUGCAGCGCUGCAUGCAUUUACAGGUUUAAUGCAGCAAAUUGCAGCCAUCAGAGCACGUGCUGUACCGCUUGUCAAUCUGCCUCAGGUUGGCUGGCUAAUACUAUUUGAAGAGGUUGACUGAAGAGCCAAACCGAGGCCAUCAGAAUUUAUAUUUAAACCUGUUUAAACGAGUGACUAAGGUGUGCGUUUGAGAAAAGCCCACCAGCUAGUAUUGCUAGAGCUGUAAUUUGAGUAAUUAGUGUAAUCUUUACCCCUAAGUGCUGUCUGUAAUUUAAAAGUAACGGGCCCACACAGCCAAUGCAAACAUUAUUGCGGACCACCCAGGGGGGGGCGGGGGGGGCAUUUAAACUUAGAGUCGUUUAAUCAUGGUAGGUUACCUAACUUUAUAUUUUUUAUUAAGUUUGAGUAAAAUUUUUACUUAAAGCUUUCGUGACUGCAGGAAUUCAUAUUCUCUGGGUCUUUCGGUAAAGCCACGUAGAUAGAAAAAAAUAAUCGAAAUAA